CUGAACCAAUGAUGUGUCACAAACAACUUGAGGAAGAACGUGCACUCUUAAUAAGGAAAUACCGUAAUAGCCUUUGAUUAAUGUUUACUGUUAGUAACUUCUCCACACAAGAAUCAGGAUGGAAGCCACAAGAAACAAGGAAAUCUGCUAUGAGGAGCUGAAGACUCUUAUGGGAAAGAGCCAGAAUCUCCUCGUGGUUGAUGUCCGCAGUAACGAGGAAGUGGCUAAAGGACAUAUUCCAGGAUCAAUUCACAUUCCUGUUGAUACAGUAGAAGCUGAAUUUUCAUUGAGCCCAGAAGAAUUCAAGGCCAAGUAUGGAGUAACCAAGCCACCACCUGAUGCACCAGAGCUGGUGUUUCACUGCAUGAUGGGCAGGCGAGGGGGAAUUGCCACGGAUAAGGCCCGUGAACUAGGAUAUGUGAAUGCACGUAAUUUCGUUGGUGGAUACAAAACGUGGGCUGAGAAGGAAGGAAAAUGAUUCAUAUUGAAGGAGAGAUUCAAAUAUAUUCACACAAAUAGGAAUUGUGAAACCUGGACAGGUGUAAUAUGUAACAUUUUACAAUUUUAUUUUGGGGUAUUGUGUUGUUUUCAUACAGUACAUAAUUGGAUUGUAUAUGUAUGAAUAAAUACAAAUAAAUAAAAACAAUCACUUACUAGA